AUGAUGGCAUUGAUGUACGACUUGCAACUAAUGGCCGAAUCGCACUGUACGUUCUCGCGAAGUCGGACGAUACGUAAGGAUGUCCUUUUAGCAGCCGAUGCUAUAUACAGAGCGAUGUACGCUAAAGACGACAGAUAUCCGGCAACGUUUCGUGUGAUCUCAUUCAUCGGAUGGAAGCCGGGUCCAGAUAUGCCAAAGCCAGCGAAACGGGGUUCGCAGAACGUUUCUUUCAAGGAUGUUGGAAAGAUGUGGAAGAUCCUCGUCUGUAGAGAAAGACUAUAG